AUGAAAACCUGCCCAAACAACUCGAAACAGCCUCAGGUUAGCACGGUAUACCACCGCCAACAUGGAAAUGACCCAGAGCCUGCCUAUACCUUGCGCGCCCUUGACCCCGCUGCCCCGACAUCCCAAAACCGCUACGGAGUCGCCCUGUAUGACCCCUACGUACCAGACGUCGUGUACGGCGAGGUCGCCGUGAUCCCCGAAUGGACCCAACCCAGUCUAUCCGCGGAGACCAUUCGAGCAAAUGGUGGUACGGCGCCAACUCCAGAACCGAUCCUCCCGAACGAGUUUACGGUUCAGCUCUACAACCCCGACCAAACGAUCACCGUGAAAUACCACACCAAGACAUGGAACAAGCCCGCUCGAUGGGAAUUCGAGAUGCCACAAAAUACAUUCCGUGUGCCCUCUGGUUCGACACUUGACCAGGGUCAGAUCGACCCUUCUAUUGCAGACAUCACUCCGAAGUUGCGGUUCAGUUGGCGCAAGGAUGGAAAACUGUCAAAGGAUCUGACUUGUUUGCUACAUGGGAAGACAUCUACCAUAUCUGAUACUCGGACAAAAAGUCGGGAACCGGAUAUCACCGUUGCUCUAUUCCAGGGACUCAAGGAGCUGACCCUGUAUCAGCCGAAUCUUUACCGAGUAGAGAUGGAGGAUUUCAAGGGGUUAGAGGUAGUCUUACUCUUGGUGACUAUCGCAAUCCGAGACAUAUUCUUUGGCCUUGCGAAGGAGGCAUUCCAUAUCUCUCACAACCCCGCCCCAAUAACUCGCAAACCGACGGCCCCUGCUAUGACCCCGGCCGCGGUAGCAACACCUGCCAAUGUCACGUUUGACCGAAAACACCAGGCUGGACCUUCUGGACCCCCGACGAAUGGGAGACCAAUUCAUCGUCAGAGCUUUCCAAACCCUACAUCCCCCGGCCCUCAGGAGCGAAUGCGCCAAGACGAACUCGCAAAGCAGGAAGAAGAGCGACGGAGGCAGGAGAUCAAGGUCGCCGAAAGCAAGCGACGCCAGCGGGAUUCAGACGUUGACAAGGAAACUAAGCGUCUGCAACAGCUCUAUGGCCGGGAGGAAGAGCAAGCCCGAAUGCAACGGCACACCCCAGCCCCGUCUGCGCGACCCUAUCUCCCACCUCGACACUCGGGUCCCGCUCAGCCCUAUUCUCACCAAUACUCCCAAUCCUCCAUGCAACUCUCCCAAGCCCGUCCCCCUCACCCUCGCCAACAUCCUCAAGGCCCCGUCCCAUUCGCCCAACCCCAUCCUACCGGCCGGGUGGACCCGCGCGUUCAAUCUUCCACCCAUCUCCAGCCCCGUCCUCAGUCUCGCCCACAAGCCCGGCCGCAGUCGGUGGCUUUCUAUCAGCAACCUACUAGUAGUGGUGCACUUCCAGCGCCCUCCAAGCCGGCGCAACUGCAGUCGAAGAAGAGUAGUUUCUUUGGUUUCCGGCGCAACAAAGAAGAGACGGCUACGAAGUUGGCCAAAAAGCGGAGUUCGAUGUUUUGA